UCCUCCAUUCAUCAUUGAUCCACUGCAGGACUGUGUUUCAGGGGGUGUGAAUUAUGGGCCCCUGCUGUCACUGUGACUGCUCUGCGUUGGACAUUUCACCUCGCCACUGUAAAUUUAAAAAGGGGAUUACAUUUUGCUGACUACUGAUUUCAUAGCUUGACCAAGUGCAGACAACUGGCCGCCCCCCCUCAGACAGAAGACUUAAUACAGUCCGCAAUUGCAGGAUUUGGGAUUUUUUUGCAAGGGUUUGAACAAGGCUUACCGAGGGAAGAAAACGUAUUCUGGACCACAGAAAACCUGAAGAGGUUAUCUUUUACACAUUUAGAUUACGGACUCUUUCUCUCCAAGGGGUUUAGAAGAGAGAGAGAGAGAAAGAGAGAGAGAGAGAGAAACGUUUUGUAGUUGACUGGGCGUUUUGGACGCGCUCGGUAAACGGUGAUGCUACGGCGACGCGCAGGAACCGUAGAGGGAAGAGACAGGUGAGGUGCGGCUGAGGAGCUGCUCUUAUUAUACAGAGAGGAUUUGGAUACCGAGAGCCGUGGUAUCCAUCACCCUUUUCUCCACAGAGAGGAAGAAGAGCGACCGGAGAGGGCGAGUUGGCGACUGGCACCUGCCUCCUCCGCCUCCCUACCUGGCCAUCUGGUGCGUGUAUGUGUGUUGCUGCCAUGGCGACCAUGGCUCCUCCCCUCACAUUUCUCCUCCUGCUGCUUCAACUGGCUGAUGGCUCAUUCCCAGAGGAACCCAGUCCUCUCAGCUACGUCCCCGUAGAGGUUGUGCGAAGGUAUCCAGUGUUCUUGGGCAGAGCUCAUCGUUCAGCUCAGAGACAGGAGCUGCACAUCCAGACGGUCCUCCAAGUCAACCGCACACUCUACAUAGGAGCCAGAGAUGACUUGUACAGAGUGGAGUUGGAUAACAUGGCAGGUGAUGAGAUGUUCUAUAGCAAGAAACGGACAUGGGAAUCCAGUAAGAACGACAUUCGAGUGUGCAGGAUGAAGGGCAAACAUGAGGGAGAGUGCCGUAAUUUCAUCAAGGUUUUGCUCAGCCAGCACGGUGGCCUGUUUGUAUGUGGAACAAAUGCCUUCAACCCACUGUGUGCCAACUACACUAAAGACACUCUAGAAAUGGUGGGAGAGCCUGUCAGCGGGAUGGCACGGUGCCCAUAUGAUCCUCGACAUGCUAAUGUGGCUUUAUUUGCAGAUGGAAGUCUCUUUACCGGCACCGUGACAGACUUCCUGGCCAUCGACGCGGUGAUCUAUCGUAGCCUGGGCGACAGCCCCGCCCUCCGCACGGUCAAACACGACUCCAAAUGGUUCAGAGAGCCUUACUUUGUGAGCUCCAUGGAGUGGGGGCCUCAUAUUUAUUUCUUCUUCAGAGAGAUGGCCAUGGAGUUUCAUCAUCUAGAGAAGGUGAUGGUGUCCCGUGUGGCUCGCGUGUGCAAAGCAGACCUGGGUGGCUCUCAGCGUGUCCUUGAAAAACAGUGGACCACAUUCCUAAAGGCACGGCUCAACUGCUCCGUCCCGGGAGAUUCACACUUUUACUUUAACCUCUUACACGCCACAAGCAACAUCAUCCACAUGCAGGGACGAGAUGUCAUCCUGGGUCUCUUCUCCACGCCACCAAACAGCAUCCCUGGCUCUGCCGUGUGUGUUUUUGACAUGCAGCAGCUCGCUCAUGUCUUCGAAGGCCGGUUUAAAGAGCAAAAAUCGCCCGAGUCUAUUUGGACUCCAGUACCGGACGAAGCAGUGCCUAAACCGAGACCAGGGGGAUGUGCAGUGCAGGGAUCCAGAUUUAGCUCCUCCACCACACUGCCAGAUGAGGUGCUGAACUUUGUGAAGACCCACCCACUGAUGGAUGAGACUGUUCCACUACUGGGGCACAGACCCUGGGUGGUCAAGACUAUGGGACGGUAUCAGCUGACAACCAUGGUGGUGGACACAGAAGCCGGUCCCCAUAAGAACCGUACUGUCUUGUUCCUGGGCUCAACUCGAGGAACAAUCCUAAAGUUCCUAAUAAUUCCCGGUGGAGACUCUGUCUCCCACAGCAGUGUGUUUCUGGAGGAGGUGGAAGGAUUCAACCCAGAGAAGUGUGGUGAGGACUCUCCUCAGGCCCGUCAGCUCUUGUCUCUGUCAUUGGAUCGAACCAGCCACACUCUGCUGCUGGCCUUCUCUUCCUGUCUGGUCCGAGUGCCCACAUCCCGCUGCCACCUGCAUUCGCGCUGCAUGAAGAGUUGUCUAGCCUCCAGGGACCCAUACUGUGGCUGGACCAGAGGCAGCACCUGCUCCUUCUUGAGACCAGGCACACGGCUGCCUUUCCAGCAAGACGUGGAAUAUGGAAACACCACCUCCCAUCUAGGAGACUGUGAUGGAAUUCUGCAGCAGAGUUUGCUGAUUGAACCAGAGAGCUUGGUCUCCCUUAACCUGCUCGUGGCGUCUGCAGUCUCUGCGUUCACCAUCGGGGCGGCACUCUCCGGCCUUGCCGUCUGCUGGAUCAUGGCCCACAAGCCCGCCAACCGUCGGCAUGGCAACACCACCCAGUCCUCCAUCCAGCGGCGCGAAAGAGGCCUGCUGAGUAACGGCGGCGGGAUGGGAGGCUCUGUGCUCAGUGUGACGCGACAGGGAGGCGGGGAGCGCCCCUGCACUCAGGGUGGGGAAACCCUUUUUGUCAUGCCAAAUGGUUGGGUGAAGUCCGGAGAGCUCGACCCGGGUUUCCUGCCAACCCCAGAGCACACGCCCCAGCAGAAACGCAGAGGCCUACGACUGUCUGACUCCAACUCUGGAGGGUGGGACACCAGCCAGACAUACCUGGGGGGAGGCUCCGUGGGUCUGGGUUCCCCCUGCCGCAUUCCCCCUUCUGUCUACUUGACCACCAGACUUUUCCAACAGGGAGGAGGCGGGAGACAUAGUGGUGAGGGCCGGGGGAAUGACACCCCACGCCAGCACUACGUCUGCCUGAGCAAGCAAGAAAAAGGAGUAAAGGGGACGCCCAAAGCCCCACUCAGAAAGUCUGCAGGAGAAUAUGUAUACCCCAUGACACCACAGGACUCGCCUGAGCGCCGUAGGGUUGUCUCAGCACCCAGCGCCCCCAUGGAAUAUGGCGAGCCUCUGCCUUUGCGCUGGCCAGCCCCGGAAGGAUACAUCCUCAGCAGUCAUGGCAUGGUCCCCGUACCCCUGCCUCCACCCUCCAUGCCCGCUCCCAGUGGCCAAGCUUAUGUGUCCCAGCAACACACCCCCGGGCUGACCAGAGCUCUCCUGAGAAGUGCCCUGGAGCGAGGGGAGCUUGGCGAGCUGGUGGAUCUCAGCCAGCUGAUGAGUAAGAAGAACUGCAGUGAUAGGACUCAGGCUGGCCAAUGACUCUUGAGGAAAUGAAGGGGAAGGGAGCUUUUCCAUGUCCAGAGCUCUCUGUUUUGUUUACAUAGCUCUCUCUUUUCUCCUCAUUCUCUUCAUUCCCCCCUCCUUCUCCCGUCCCUUCUCUUUUUCCUACAUCUUUAUUUGUCAUUCAGCCCCUCUGAUCUCCUCUGUCAGUCUCUCAGGCAACCCCUACUUUCACCCCAUGAUGAGUCUGUCCUUACGACUGGCUGCUGGGUCUGCCAGUCAUAUCCUGGCUCACACUAAUUGGUCAGAUGGACUGAGGUUGUUGCUGUGUCUGCAUUGCAGAGUUGCCUCUCCCUCCAGCUACUCAGCGGCAGCAGGAAGAGGGAGGAGAGAAGACGAAGGGGGAAGAAAGAAAGAAAGAAAGAAAGAAAGAAAGAAAGAAAGAAAGAGGUUGUGGACGGAGACAAAGAUGGACAUGGCACUUAGAGACUGCCUUCUCUGUGCAGAUUAACUGAGGCUGCAGAGCCAGUCAAAUACUGCUGCAGGAGUGGGAUGCUUUGUCCCUUGGAUAACAUUAACGAGACUGCCACCCAUCUGUUCUCAGCUAUAUUACCUGUUGGUCUAAUUACCAACUAGGUACUUGAAGUGAAAUUCUGAAUGUCGUAAAAGUAUCUGACGCUGUAGGUGACUCAUCAGACAAAUCAUUCUGACUGUAAGCAAAACUAAUGGAUGACGAGGAAACACAACAUCCUUCUCUCUCUUCCUCCUCGCUGCACACAAGCAGUUGAUGCAUACAUGUCUCUGUACAGGUGACGGAGGAUAAUUAGUAUUCUGUGUGUACGAGAAGCACGACGUGUGUGCCAAAUGCUUCUAACCUGUCUCAUAUGGAUAUGGGACUAUAACUCACGUCUUUGGAGAGCAGAGUGCAGGACUGAAGUGUCAGCACAAUUUCUGCCAACUGCAUGCUCUCCGUAAUGACGGCAUCCCAGCCGUCCAUCGCUCUAUUCGUUUGCCUCCUUACACCCCAUGUACUCUUUAAUGACCAAUAAUUUUAUGUGGACGUCUGAGGGGAUUGCACCAGAGCACUGGACUGACACUGCGGGACAGAAAGAAAGGGAGAAUUUCAAGUAAAUGCGUUGCAAUAUAUGAAAACCUUGUCCUUUACUAUCACCUUAAGGGUUUUCCCACACACACACACACACACACACAUUCAAUAAUGCUGCAUUAUAGAACACAGUCUGGUUUUAAUGGGUAAAAUUUCCCCUUAAGCCCAUAGUGGGUCAAGGUCCCCCAGACAUGAUACAGAACAAAGUGACAGAUACAGUGGUGAUGAUUGAAACGCCUGGCUUAACUCACAGCCAAUAGGGCUAAUGGAAAUGUUCCCAGCAGGCAAAUGGGAAUAUAUAUUCAGCCCAUCAAAGUGUCCAGUGCCAUGAAAUGGUCGCGUUUAGAUCAACACAACAUGGUUUGAGUGUGUUAGCGAGGAGCCGAAAGUCAUAAAAACAGAGGCAAAGAUAAAGAAGAGACCUAAUGAAAUGAGGUGCAUCAACAACAACUGUGGAAAAUAGUGAGAAUUUGUGACCAGAUGACUCGAUUUUCACUUUUGGUUGCAGUCAGUGGACGACAAAUGAAUGCUGGUUUGCGCUGACCUCGUAGUGAGCAGCAAUAUACGGUUUAUCUGUACAUAGUAAACUUUAAUUUAGGUUAAAAUGAUAAUGUAAGACAGUAACUAAAAAAAACAAAACAAAACAAAAAAAUAAAAUAAAAAUAUCAAAAAUAAACAUUUAUCACGUCAUUAUUAAUAAUAAUUAAUGUAUGAAAAUCUGUUUUCAUAUAAGUUUCACAUCAACCUGCUCCAAGACUGAAAUCAACAGGACACUAAAUAUUACCAGUGUUUGUUUGUUUUGUUUCUUUUCGUUACAUCUGUGUGCCAAAAACAAGUUAUGAAUGACUUACUGAUGCCUGAUUACUGAAGCAAAAAAUAAAUAAAAAUAAGAUGGAGUGAAAACUUGUUUUAAAGUGCCAUGAAGACCAUUUCAGUCGAUGAGUGCACCUCAUGCACUGCGGUGCCAGAGAACUCACUUCUUGCAGUAUACUUGUGAAAUGUAUGCCUUUGACCUUACAUGCUGAAUGUUUUAUUUGUACUGUUGAAAUCUUUUAUUUUCAGCUCCCGACAGUAUUUGUUUAUGAACUACUUCAUGCCAUACUGUAAAUAUGUAAGAAUGAAUACAGACACUUUGUCAUGCCCUUUGUGAUUAUACUGUAAUGUAUUCACUCAUAUCAUGACAUGAACUGUGUUUAUUCGACAAUAGCCGAUAUGUAAUAAUAAUGAUUCAUAAGUAGUUCAUAAGCAAACCUUCAAAUGGACUGAAAUGCUGUGAGGGGACACUGUGUAUCUCAUAUUUUCUGUCCUGAUUCUGGACUUUCUGUCUUGUUUUAUAGUCUAGUGGUUGUCUAUCUGUCAUUGCCAACCAACUGCCAUACUAGAGGAUCUUGAAAAUACUUCAGCAUCCCGAGUGAAUGAAUGUACCCAUUCUUUUUCUGUUCAUAGUCGUUAUACUGUGCAGUAAUAAGGAAAAGCACAAAAUGUUUCUUUUCUUUACUUUUUUGUUUUGCAUUUUUGAAAAGGAGCUGUUCUGUAUCAUUUGUGAAUAGUGUAAAUAAUCAUCCUGAAGGUAUAGUGUAUCAGUUUGGGGAUCAUUCAUGCUCCCCUGAGACAGGACUGUGUUUGAAGUGUGAGGUUCUUUCUUUCUUUCGGUGACGAUGCUGUGAAUAAGAUGUAUGUACAGUAUUUACGUGACUUUGGCUGACUGCUGAGUUCAGCUGUUUCCUGUUAUUAGAGUAGAAUCGCAGGCCUGAUCUCAGCCAGAACUGAGCCUUCUCAUUUGACUGAUGCCUGCUGAGUUUUUGCAGUUGCUAAGAUACUGCUGUUAUAAUAUCCAUCAAUCUUUGGAGUACUGCUAUUAAAUGGCAUUAUAUAAUUGACUGCUAA